CUCUCUCUCGCCGAGGACCGCGCGAAAGGGGAAAAACAAUUUUUUUUUAUUAUUUAAAAUCUCAGAACGUUUUUUUGAUCAGCAGGGAGUAGGGAGAGCUUAUAAACCCUAACCCGACUUAACAAUUUGGUCGUCGCCUGCUUCUUUCGGCGGCAAUGGCGACCACUAACGUGCUUGCUCCGCAGUCUCCUUCCUACAUCUCGACCCCACAGCCCUCACCGGGACCACUUCAGGCCGCGGCGUUCAGCAAUGCUUCUCUUUACGUCGGCGAUCUCGACAAAUCUGUUACGGAGGAGCAGCUCUUCGAACUCUUCAACCAGGUUUCCCCCGUCGUCUCAGUGAGGGUUUGCAGGGAUAUGAUCAAGCGGGUGUCGCUUGGUUACGGUUACGUCAAUUAUCGCACACCGCAGGAAGCUAGCCGUGCCAUGGAAGCUUUGAAUUUUACUCUAUUAAGUGGAAAAGCUAUAAGGGUUAUGCUCUCGCAACGCAAUCCUAGCGUUAGGAAAAGUGGAUAUGCUAAUAUAUUCAUAAAGAAUCUUGAAACAACAGUUGAUAACAAGUCUUUGCAUGAUGUUUUUGUGUCCUUUGGUCCUGUUCUUUCAUGCAAGGUAGCUGUAGAUAGCAAUGGCCAGUCGAAAGGGUAUGGCUUUGUACAGUUUGAGAAUGAGGAUUCAGCUCAACAAGCUAUCAUAAAGCUUAAUGGUAUGCUUAUCAAUGAAAGAAAAGUGUAUGUUGGCCUCUUUAUACGUCGACAGGACAGAGAUAGAGAAAAAGGAUCUCCUAAAUUUACUAAUGUAUAUGUAAAGAACUUUCCUGAAACAUUUAAUGAAGAGGACUUGAGAAAGGAAUUUAGUGAGUUUGGUGAUACAGAUAGUGUUAUAAUUAUGAGAGAUGCUGAUGGAGUUUCAAGAGGUUUUGGUUUUGUUAAUUUCACGCAACCAGAUGCUGCUGCUGCUUCAGUUGAAAACCUAAAUGGAAAAACUAUAAAUGAUAAGGUUUUAUAUGUUGGGAGGGCCCAGAAAAAGGUUGAUAGAGAGGCUGAGUUGAAAGCGAAUUUUGAACAGGAGAGAAAUGGACGAUUGGAGAAGCUUAAGGGUGCUAAUUUAUAUCUGAAGAAUCUUGAUGACACAGUGAACGACAAAAUACUUCAUGAGCUUUUUGCUCCGUUUGGCAAAAUUAUCUCCAGCAAAGUCAUGCUUGAUUCACUUGGGCAAAGCAAGGGUACUGGUUUUGUGCAGUUCUCCUCGACUGAGGAAGCUAAUAAGGCUGUAAAUGAGAUGAAUGGGAAGAUGAUUGGGAGGAAGCCAUUAUACGUUGCAGUAGCUCAGCGGAAAGAAGAAAGAAGGGCUAAACUGCAGGCUCAUUUUGCUCAGCUUAAUGCUCCAGGGGCGAUGAAUCCUCCAAUGCCUGCUUUGCCUGGUUUUCACCCUGGUCCACCUAGGCUUCUUCCGCAGCAACUUUACUUUGGCCAGGGAGGGGCUGGACUGGUGACGCCACAACCUGCUGGCUUUGGCUUUCAGCAGCAAAUUAUUCCUGGAAUGCGCCCAGGUGUUGCCACAAAUUUCAUGAUGCCUUAUCAUCUUCAAAGACAUGGACAACCUGGGCAGCGGAUGGGUUUUAGGAGAAGUGGAAUUUCACAGCAGAUGCAGCAGCAGUUCAACCAUAGGAAUGCUAAUCAAGGCUUCAGAUACAUGCAAAACACUCGUAAUGGUGUUGAUCCAUUGGUGCCUCAGGGCCUCAUGGCUCCAGUGAUGCCUUUGUUAAUUGAAGCAAACAACGUCUACACUCCUCCCGCCGAUGCAGUUCGAAGCCCGAUUCCAAUAUCGGCGCUUGCAUCUGCUUUAGCUUCCGCAUCGCCCGAUCAACAGCGAGUUAUGCUAGGCGAGCAAUUAUACCCUCUUGUCGAACAAAUCGAACUGGAUCAUGCAGGGAAGGUGACUGGGAUGCUACUGGAGAUGGAUCAAACAGAGGUUCUUCAUCUUAUAGAAUCGCCCGAUGCGCUAAGGAAGAAGGUUGGAGAAGCCAUGGAAGUUCUUCGAUUAGCAAAUGCAACUGGUUCAGAUGCUGUGGAUCAGCUUGGUUCAAUUGGACUUAAUGACUGAAUGCAUUGAUGUGAUUAGUUUGAUUUUGACCAUUUAUUAGGUUUUUUGAGAUUAAGUGAUUGGCACCAAUUUUUGUAGUGUGUUUGGUUAGAAAUGCUGAGUAAGAAGAAUUUAUUACACGGAUGGAUUUAGGUUUUUUUUUUAAUAAAAUUUUUAAUGGUGUGUUGAAUGUAUGGAUCAUUAGGUUUCAAUGAUUAAUUAAGUUUGCUA